UGCAUCCUAAUUUUUUUGUUACAACUAUCAAAAUAUGCUAAAUUAAAGAGAGGAGAAUUCAAAUGAUUCCAAUGACAGUGUUAAGCUGACUGCAAGAAUAGUCAUGCAGACACAUCUUGAAAUUACUGCAAAAGAUAAAAAAAUGUCGACCCCAUACUUCCCUCUUAGUUGGGAGAGCACAGGAGACCAAUGGUGGUAUGCAACCCCCAUAGAUUGGGCAGCAGCCAAUGGCCUUUGUGACUUAGUUAAAGAACUUCUCCGCAUUGACCCUAACCUUCUCAUCAAACUAACCUCCCUCCGCCGAAUACGCCGCCUUGAGACUGUCUGGGAGGACAGCCUCGAAGCAGAAGCCUGCCCACAUGAUGAAGUUGCCCAUUGUAGGGCUCGUGUUGCCUGUGCUCUCCUCAUGGACUGUGAACCCAGUCAUGGUGACAGGCUGCAGCAUAAUUCUCUGAUGAGGGCUGGCUAUGGUGGAUGGCUCCUCUACACCGCAGCGUCAGCAGGAGAUAUGGAGUUUGUUAAGAACUUGCUUGAGAGAGAUCCGCUGCUUGUUGUUGGAGAAGGUGAGUAUGGUGUCACUGAUAUUCUUUACGCUGCUGCUCGGAGCAAGAAUUCUGAGGUUUUUAGGCUUUUGCUUGAUUCUGCUAUGAAUGUGAAUAAAGGUAGUGACGAAUUAGGGGAGGAUUUUGUAGGGGAGAUGAUGAAUAGGGCAGUUCAUGCUGCUGCUAGAGGAGGGAACUUAGAGAUUCUCAAGGAACUUUUGUUGGAUUGUUCUGAUGUUUCGGGUUAUAGAGAUGGUCAAGGAUCCACCAUUUUGCAUUCUGCUUCUGGAAGAGGCCAAUUUGAGGUGGUUAAGGAUUUAAUAGCAACAUAUAGUAGCAUCAUUAGCUCCACUGAUAAUCAAGGGAAUACUGCAUUACAUACUGCUGCAUACAGAGGAUACACUGCUGUAGUGGAGGUUUUAGUCCUUGAAUCACCCUCAUUAGCCACAUCGAGAAACAAUGAUGGCAACACAUUUCUACACAUGGCAGUGGCUGGGUUCCAGUCCCCUGGCUUCCAUCGAAUCACCCAGCAGCUUCAGCUCAUCAAAUGGCUAGCAAGUGGUGAAAUUGUCAGUUUGGAAGACAUCAUCAAUAUUAGAAACAAAGUAGGAAGAACUGCAAUGCAUGUAGCUGUUGCUGAGAACAUUCAGUGCAAUGUUGUGGAGCUCCUAAUGAGGGUACCUUCAAUCGAUUUAAAUAUUCGUGAUAUUGAUGAAUUAACCCCUCUGGAUCUCCUCAAGCAAUGCCCUAAUACAGCAUCAUCUAAUAUUCUAAUCAAGCCAUUUACAUCAGCUGGAGGGAUUUCUGAUUGUCAAGAUUUUACUACAAGAAGUGCUCUGGCUAGGCAGUUGAGAAUUCAGGGCAUUGGAACUAGUCCUGGGACUUCUUUCAGAUUACCAGAUGCCGAGUUAUUCCCAUAUGCAGGAGACGGGAAUGACUCUGAGGUUACUUGUGAACCGCCUAGUAGUAGGUUCAGCUCUUGCUCUAGCGAAGUAACAAGCCAUUUUGGCUUAGAGAGCAACAAGAAAGCUUCAAAAUGGCUAAAUUUUCUUCGAAGACCCGACAAAAUAGAGAUGUGCCCUACUACACAAAUCGAAUCACCCAACCCACACCACAAAUUAGCAAGUACAAAGGUGGAGGAGCACAAUGAUGUUGGAAUGUUUAAGGUGUGCAGAAAUGUAGAUGAAAGUAUAACUCCACUCAGACAAAAAUUCUCAAGGGCAGCUCCGAGCCCUUCUGCCCGGGAGAAAUUCACUGCAAGCCUAAUGCAAGGAGUGGUGCAAGCAACACCGCCCAGAUCUUGUUUAUCGUUGGCUCGAUAUUCUCCUUCGAGCUCAAUUUCUGAAUCAUUGACAUCUUCCCCUACUGCAGUAGAUAAGCUGAGAGGCGACUAUGAUAGAAAAAGUCCUGGAAGAUCCUCAUUUUUUAGCGGGCCUUUAAGUGGUGGAAAGCCGUUGGUGGGUGAGAAGCAUAGAAGGGUAAGCUCUUUUAACAAGAGUUUGAUGAAUCAGUACUUCUGCUUUGGGGCUCAAGGGUUGGCUGUGGAAGAUUCACUCGCGGUCAAAAGAACAAACAGCAGUUGCAGAAGGCUUGUCUUCUGAGAGAUACAAUUAGGGUUAGGUUAUGUCAUGAUUUUAGGUUGGAAAAUUCUUCCUACUUUAUACUUUUCCUUUAUAAUUUUAAUAGAGUUAAUAAGGAUGAAGUUAAAUUUAGAAACGUUUACCUUUCCCUUGAUCCAAUGUUGUUGAAAUUGUGGUUAAUUUAAUUCAUCAUAAUACUAAGAUUACUUUCACUUU